AAGACAUGUUGGCUCCACAGUAUUUGAAUUUGAGUCGUUUCGCGUUUUCAUUCAAAUCAAAUUAUUGGUGUGUAAUACUUGCUUCAGUCAUACCAAAGAUAUAAAAAUCGGGGAUUUACAGAUAGUAUCAAAAUCGUUUAGUAAAUGUGUGCAAUGAAUGUCAGUUAACAAUAUAUUUUUUCAAGAAUGGAAGAAAAUUUUGAACUGUCACAACAAUACAGUGGACAACAAAGUAACAACAAUGAAUCACCACCCAUGUCUUUUAGUACUUUAUCUGGUGGUGCAGAGAGUACUGAAAACUUUGUAGUUACACCACAAAAUUACUUAAACAUUGGUGACUUACGUUCUAUUAAUGAAAUUUCUCAAAAGUACAGACAUAUUUUCUCACCAUAUCCAUCAUUUAACAUUGUUCAGUCAAAAGUAUUGGAUGAUGUUUUCUACUCAGAUGAACCAGUUGUUGUUUCUGCACCAACCGGAUCAGGAAAAACUGCAAUAUUCGAAAUGGCAAUAAUACGCCUACUUGCUAAAGUUGAAGAACUGAAAUAUUCUGGAGAUUUUAAAAUAGUUUACAUGGCCCCGGUGAAGGCUCUGUGCACGGAGCGCUACAACGACUGGCAGGUGAAGUUUGCGCGGCACGGCUUGCCGUGCCAGGAGCUGACGGGCGACACGUGGGAGACGGACCUGUCGGAGGCGGGCACCAGUCGACUGCUGCUCACCACGCCCGAGAAGUGGGACUCCCUGACUCGGCGCUGGCGCGACAAGGAGAGGAUGGUGCAGGUCGUCAAGCUGUUCCUCAUCGACGAGGUGGGUUCCGCUCCGACGCCGGCCUCCGAGGGAGUUCCGACAGAGUCCCGCAAGUUCCGCAACAGUUCCGAGAGUUCAGAGACUUCCGGGAGUAAAGAGAAGUGCGACAUCGGCGAAGAGGUCUGGACCAAUCCCAGCAAGGCGUCGAUAUGCCAGCGCAAGUCUACAAACGCCAGAUCCCGUUUCUUCAGGGAGUUCCUCAUGCCUCCACGGACUGAACCUACGACACUCAGCAGUGUUCACUUGCUCAACGAAGAAAAGCGUGGACCAAUACUCGAGGUGGUGGUCAGUCGCAUGAAGACAGUGCAGAAGACGCUAAAUUUUGAACAGAAAUCCUCAUCCCAGCUGUCCUUGUACAUACGCUUCAUCGCAGUUUCGGCAACCAUACCCAACAUAGAGGAUAUAGCCCAGUGGCUGGGCAGCGAGAUGACUCCCGCCCGGCAGCACAAAGUGGGCGAUGAGCUCCGGCCAGUGAAGCUGAACAAGGUAGUGAUGGGGUACUCUUUCUCGUCGUCUUCCGCCUUCCAGUUCGACAUCUGCCUGUCGUACAAACUGCGGCAGCUGCUGCUGCGGUAUGCAGAGUCCAAACCGACCCUGAUCUUCUGCAGCACGAGGAAGAGCGUGGAGCACACGUCCACGACGCUGGCCCAGCAGCUGACAGUCAACUUCUCGCCGGAGCAGAAGGAGCAGCUGCUCUCAGCCGCUAGGACACUGCUCGAGGGGAAGCUUAGAGAGCUGAUACCUGUCGGCGUGGGAUUCCACCAUGCGGGGAUGGACCCGGGCGAUCGCCAAGCCGUGGAGUGCCUCUUCCGCCAAGGGCUGCUCCCCAUCCUCGUCACCACCAGCACGCUGGCCAUGGGCGUCAACCUGCCCGCACACCUCGUCGUCAUCAAAUCCACGCAGCAGUAUGUGGCAGGCGAGUACCGCGAGUACUCCGAGACACAGGUGCUCCAGAUGAUCGGACGGGCGGGGAGACCGCAGUUUGACACGGCCGCCACCGCGGUGAUCAUGACCCGCGAGGUCACCAGGGCCAAGUAUGAGAAGCUCGUGGAGGGCAAGGAGCUGGUAGAGAGUAGCCUCCACCGCCACCUGCCAGAGCACCUCAAUGCAGAGGUGGUGCUGAAGACCAUAUGCGAGCUGUCGGUCGCCAUGGACUGGAUCAGGUCCACGUUCCUCUACGUACGAGUGAUGCGGAACCCGAGGCACUACGGCUUCCCGUGCCACGUCGAGAGGCGCGGGAUCGAGCGUCGGCUGGAGGAGUUAUGCCUCAGGGAGCUGCACGAGCUCAGCCACGCCAAGCUCAUAACCCUUAACGUCUAUGAUGUGAGCCCAACGGAGAUGGGCAGACUCAUGGCUCGCUACUACAUCGCCUUCGAGAGCAUGAAAACAUUUGGCCAGAUCUGCGGCACGGAGAGCCUGUCCGAGAUGCUGGAGCUCGUCUCCCGGUGCCGUGAGUUCCAAGACAUCCAGCUGCGGGUGAACGAGAAGAGAACGCUGAACGCACUGAAUGACAACAAGAAGAAAGAGGGCAUCAGGUUCCCGCUGCAAGGAAAUAUCAAGACCCGCGAAAUGAAGGUGAACUGCCUCGCGCAGGCGGUGUUCGGGUGCCUCCCGGUCCCAGACAUCUCCCUGAGCCAGGACAUGAUGAAGAUAGUGCGCAUUGGCGAGCGUCUGGUGAAGUGCUUGUUACAGCUGAAACAGGUUCGCCAACACUUCUCGAGCCUCCUCAGCACCCUGCUGCUAUCCAAGUGCUUCCGCCGGCGGCUGUGGGAAAACUCCCCCUACGUGUCGCGCCAGUUCGACCGCAUUGGCCCCAACCUGUCCGCGCUGCUCGUGGCUGCCGGGAAGACCAGCUUCCAGGCCCUGGCCGAGGCCAACCCCCGGGACCUGGAGCGAAUCCUGAACAAGCCACCACCCAUCGGAAACAGGAUACAAGAGAUGGCGAAGAGGAUGCCCAAUUGCAGUUUGGAUCUGCAAACAACCAAAUCACGGCCGUGGGACCAGUUGACUGUCACCGUCGAGCUGCUUAAUCCAAGUGAGGUGUCGUCCGAACAGAGCGGACAGAGUAGCCAUGUGUUCAUCCUCUUGGUCGGUGAUUCCAAGAACAGCAUUCUACUGCACAAGAAAAUCACACAGCACGAGUUGGUCGGGUCUAAUGCUCUCUCUUGGACAAUGGCGAUGCAGAACAUGGCUGAAUUCGUUCAAGCACACCUGAUUGACGAGAACUGGAUUGGCCUGGAUGCCAGCAAGAAGAUACAGCUAAUGAACACCAAACACAUCCAGCAAACCAUUACGAACAAUUUGAACAAGUACUUCACACAGAGCCAGAUGCAAUCAUCGAGCCAGUUGAGUGCUGCAAAAACAAGGCCUGCUACGGCGACACCAAAGGCUAAGAUCAACUCCAUCACCACGAAAACAAAACCUGCUACUGCGACACCAAAACCUAAUACCAGCUCCAUCGUUGAGCUCUUGAAGAAAAAGCAAAGCAUGAUGAAGCCAAUGCCACAUCUGACUCUGAAAAACCAAAUCCCCAAAACUCUAUCACAGAUCAAAGUUUCCCAGUUUCAGUACAGUCCAAAGCUUAAAAACAAAUUACAGCCAAUAAAAAAUACAAAUUUAACUCAGCAAUGUUUACACCAACAAAAAGAGAACUCUCCGAUAAAAUCAACUGCAAAAGCACAAUACAAUGUUUAUACAGAAACUAAAACUAGUGAACUUAAAGAGUCAUUAACUGUUAGAAGAGAAGUGCCUCAGACUAAUGCAAACACAUCACUUUUGAAGUCAGGAUCAGAAGAAAACACGAUACUAGUUGGUAAUCAUGAGAAAGAAGUUACUCUAGCUAGCAAAAAUGUUAGCGAAAGAACUAAUGAAAUGCCAAAGAAACACAAUGUUUUUAGAAUACAAGAUGAACAGUGCUACACUUUUAUGAACACCAAUCAUAUCAUAGAUAAGCAAAAUACUCAAACUGAUGACGAAGUUGGUCACAAUAUUUUGGAAACCAUGGACACAGGAUAUGCAUCACAACAUCACAAUACCAACUGCAAUGAUAUGAUUUCUAAUGAAGCAGAAAACAGUUGGAGUGAUUGGGAAACAAGCGAAAUCAAAAGCAUUUCAGUAACAAAACCUCAAUAUAUUUCCAAUAAUAACACUAUCAUCAGUGCAGUUGUUAAUACUAACCAAAUCACACUAAUUAAAGUUUCAAAUGAUUUCAACAGUAGUCAGCAUUCUAAAAAAAAGCAGUUUUCUGUGGUUCUACAAAAUACAAAUCAAAGUGAGGAGACCAAAAUGGUAAAUGUUCCAAGAAGUAGCACAAACACAGAUUCCAAUCACCUAACAAAUGAAAUAGCAAACUCAAAUGUCAACAGCAACGAGCACAAAAACAACCAACCCAAAAUUGAAAUACCUACAAUCGUACCAAGUGCACUUCCAUUUGCUUCAGAAAGUAAUGAGGGAAAAAUUGCUAUCAACUUCAGUGGACCAUUAAUCAAUUUUGACCUAGGUAUUGACAGACUAUUGGAUAGAAAUUUUCUCACUGAUGAAAGUGAUGAUGAAAAUGAAAGCAAAACAUGCACAGCGCAAGUUGUUCUGGAAAACAAACAUCAAGUUGAUGAGCAAAACAACCACUGUGGCCCAGGGAAGGUCAAGAAGAAUAUUAAACACAAAGAUGACAUAAUCGCUCAGGCACUCAAAGACGCACCAUUUUUGAAUUCGUCGUCGUCUUCUUCAAACUCUCCCGUUGCUGAAGACAUCCUCGAAGGGGCGCCUCCAGAGUCGAGAUGGGGACGGUCAUCAUUCCUCGCGUACUUCGGAAGGAACCCUGCCCACAAUGGGUCAUGCAAUGCGGAUCAAAGGGCCCCUGACACAGAGUUGCGAAACAUAUCCCUCGCAAAGAGCAGCGAGGAACAGCUUCUGUCACAAGACCUGUUCAUCACGCCUCGUGGGGACGACCCCGCUGCACGAGGCUGCGACUCUGGCAGCUCCUGCGACAGCUGCCGCAACACCUCGUUGCAAGCAAACUCACGAGUUCAGUUCACGUCUCAGUUCUCGCCCAUACUGGAGCCCCAUGCCCGCAACAGCCCGGCAAGUUCCCAGAAUACUGCUACAUGCUCAUCAUUCACCCCCUUCAGCCCCCUGUGGGUGUCGCAGCGCAACACGAGUGCUGCCGGCCUCGUAACAGACUACUAUCCAGCUGCCAAGCGCUGCAGGUUAUCUCCAAAUUAA